UCGCAUCUCCUGUGGAUGCAUGCGAAUGGAACAGGUGACGCCGCCGUAGGCCGGCGCUGGAGCUUGUUUGGCAGAUACCUGGCUGAGUUGCUUGCAGAGAGGCAGAAAUUGGCCCCAUUCGUGCAAGUUCUUCCUUUCUGUACCUGGCUCUUGAACCAAGAGAUUUUGCGGGCAUCUACUAUGGCGCCUAACCAUAAUUUUGUUGAACCUGAGAGAAUUGAGCAUGGUAGCCCAUUAAGGUUACCUGGCCACCCAGUGAAUGGUCAGCCAAUGGAUCUGGAGGGCGGCUGGUCAGAGAUGCAAACGGAGGUGCAUAUCAGACAACUUUUUAUUCCUUUUUGUAUUACAUACUUGUUUGGUCAUUGGAUUUAUAAAGUAGAAUGCGAAUAGGUUUUGGACAUUGCAUAUUUUAUUUGAGUAUGCUAUGCAUUUUACUUUGGAGCUGCCACUUAUUAUGAGCAAUCCAACCUACCAAUAGAAUAGUCUUUUUUUUUUUACACUUGGACAUGGGGUUAAAUAACAUGGCUUGUAAAUUGUAAUAAGGAGAGCAUUAGACAUGCCAUAUAGUUUGGACACUUGGACAUGGAUUAAAUAGCAUGACUUGUGAAUUGUAAUAAGGAGAGCAUUAGACAUGCCAUAUAGUUUGGACACUUGGACAUGGAUUAAAUAGCAUGACUUGUGAACUGUAAUAAGGAGAGCUUUAAAAAAUGAAGAUUAUUUUUCCAUGUCAGACUUUAUUGCUGACAAGCAUGAAAUGUUCUGUUACUGUUUAUGGAGAUUAGUCGUUGUUUUAGAUAUUUUUAUCGAGGACCUUGCAUACGUGAAUGGUCUCUUAUAUCAAAAUAUAGAGCUUUGGUGCGCUCACAAUCACCUAAAAUGGAAAUGAUUGACUCCUUGUUUAAGCCAAGGGGAACUGAUGAUGAUGGCCUGAUUCG